GCCUGUGGAUGGAGAGCUGUGGAGAAGAUCCUCACGGUGGAAGUGCUGAUUCAGAUGGCUCAGGUGCAGGUCCCUCUGGUGUUGUCGACAGGGUUUCCCUGGAGACGCUGGCCUGUGCGGUCUCUCCUAGCUUUACUUUGCCGGCGCCAGAGGCUGCUUUCUCUGUGAUCCCAGCACCUUUGUGAUCUCGGCUCCGGCCUCUGUGAUCUCGGUUGCCGAGCAGCGACAGGACGCGGGCUCCUGGGCUUUGGGACUUCUCCACCCACCGCCUGGGCUCUGGGUCUCGGAACCACAGUCAUGGCCCCCUCGGUUAGCCUGGCCCGGCCCGGGGUAUCGAUGGCUCAGACAGUGAUUCCGUUCGUGAAGGGCCCCGAGGACCGGCAUUUCUUCACCAGUUUCCAGGAGCAGGAUAACGCGGCGUUCGCCCGCUGGAACCCGGACGCGGCGGCUCCCGAUGACCUCUACCCGCUCGCCCCGCACCGACGUGAGGUGCAGCUGCUGGAUUCCAGCUCCGGCUACAAGAGCCCCGGGGCCACCGCCGACAGCGGCACCAGGAGGAUCCCCAACCUGGCAUUUUACAGGCAGCCGGCUGGGGAAUGCCGAGCUCACACCGCCAUCCCGAUCGCCGUGCAGGAAACAGGAGAGAGCCGCCUCUGGAACUCCAAAUCCGUCUCGUCGGCUGCCAUCCGAGCCAGGGUGGGAGGUUGGACAAGUCCAGUUCGAGUGACACCAGCACCACACUCAGUUCCCGGUUCUCUCAAAACUCAUAAUUUUAACUUCAAUGUGGAUUCUCCGGGUCAGACUUCAAAUGAUGCAGCAUCUGAAAGUGCAAGAGAUGCAACAGCAAGAAAAUAUAUGUACUCAACCAGCACCCAGAGGAGUUAUGAGGAUGUCAAUUGGGACUGUAAGUUGGGGCCCAAAAUCAAACCAGAAGAUGCGACACAGGACAAAAUAGCUGACCCCCUAUCACGACAUGCUACAUUGAAACGAUAUGAUCCAAGCCCUCAUAUGUGGCAGGCUGUGGGUGGACAUGCACACUGGAACAAAAGUCAGUCUCGACCCUUCACUGCUGCAGCUAAACCAAUCAACUUUACAAGCCUUUUCCCCAAAAUUCAUCAAAUUCCACUGUACAGUGGUUCUGUUGGUGGUUAUAAUCUGGAGGAUAGAGAUAACCCUUAUGCCGACUUUACCCCCUUCACUGUACCUCGAACUGAAAAGCCACGCCAUACAGAUACAUCCUAUUGCCCAAAUAUACCUGGUUAUACAGGUAAAAGACAAUGGAAUGUCACAGAAGCUAAUAAAUCCAACUUCUCAAGAUUGUUCCAUCCACCAGAACGCCAUGGAAUUCCGCGUGGCACUGAAAAACCGUUAAAAUAUAGGCACGAGUCGCCCUUUUCGAAGAUGGUGACAAAAGUCUCACCCUUCAACCCCUUUAACUCGAAAACAUCCAAAGCACUUCGUUUAUAAAUAAAUAAAUAUAUAAUUAUAUUUGCAUGUGA